UAAACAGCUCAGUCACAAAACGGAGCAGAUGGCAGCUACAUGAAGGGAGAUACAUCUGUCCCCAGCUACCGCCAUAGCUACGAGCCCACCUCUUCCGAAAACUGGGACAUAGAAGAGAGUGAACCAAGAAGAGCGUACUGUGAAGCUGAAGAACCAGAAAAGAUCCACUCACUAGUGGGAAUGACAAAGGCCCAGAGGAGGGAAUUCAACCGCAAACUCUUGGAAGUACACAAAACCAACAAUGCAGAGAUGGGCAACGGUGAGGAACCCACAGAACCAGACUUUUGUGAGGAAGAGGUGAGACGGCCUAAGCAGCUCCCCAAAGCAGUGCCCCGCAGUUCCCUGGACCAGCAGUAUCUUCCGCCGCAAAGUGGAGCGAAGCUCCCUGUGGAAAGGGGCAUUCCACAUGGACCCAUCGGGGUGGGAAGAUCCAUGCUUAUGUCAGGCCAGAACAGCAUGCCCCGACCAGGAACAACUGUGCAGGGCCGGUCAAUCGCUGCGAACAUCUUCAACUCGAGAGAUACUGACGAGGAGUCAACCUCAGACAGACAGGAAGGAGGACCCAGACGAGCUCCCACUGUUGCUUUGGCUGCUUCAAGCAUUGCUCCCCUUGUUCACACAACCACAGUCCCCCAGAGUGAGUUCAACAAUUCCCCCCUGCCUACUAACAGCGGGCACAACCUGGCUGGGCUGGGCAGGGGGCUUGGGGUACCCCGUGGGAGCAAACGACCUGGACUAGGAAUGCCUGCCGUUGGCCUGCAGUCUAGCACCCAGACACCAGGCUACCCUUGGACCCAACCAUGACGCAAAGGAACCCUGACUAUAAGAACAAGAUCUGCUCAAAGGAGAGCUGAUUUGUGUUCUUACUUGAAGAUUUUCUCAGAGCAACAUUAAGCAGAAUGGAGUGCGGGAAGAGGUGGUCAGGAUUGACUGUUAAAAUAAGCAGGGAACAGUCGCAGUCAACCAGAGACAAAAAAGAGGAAACUAUCACAUGUGGUGUUCCUUUCUUCAAAUAUAAGAAUGGACUGAGAUGGGAGAACAGAAUCAUCCGUUGAUGUAGCAAGGGAUGUACAUUAUCUUUGAAUGGAUAUUUAUUUCAUUGUAACUGGGCAUUUCAUUGCAGAGACAGGCAUUUUCAAAGUCAGGUUUGAGGGUAAGUGCAUAUUAAAAGGAAGCUUGUUUUGGUCGUAUUUAAUUUUGACAGUCAUCGACAGCCAUUUUUAGAAUUUACUGGUGAUUUCCAGAAAGGCUUGCCUUGUCUUGUGUAGUUUAUUUCAGAUUUGUCAGAGUUAUGGAAUAUUAUAAGAGAAAUCUUCAUUUGACUUUAGGCUUGAGUGACUCGGAACUGGAUUCAACUAUGGAAUUCAGGAUAGGGAUUUCUUGAGUCGUCAGUGGUCGAGUCAUGGUUGCUGGUUAGUAGGGUUCAGUUCAAGACUGCUCAAAGCAAACUUUGUUUUGCGUGUUACGACACUUAAGGGUGUAGGUCACAUCUGUUAAUGACCCAACAUUGACAACUUUAUUCUGUCAUUUAUUUGGGACUUAAGACUUGGAGCCUGUUUUCCCAAAGAAGUUUGAAGUCAAUUUCGAAAUCUGAUUCCGAAGUAGAAUUUAAAGUGAAUUUCAAAAAAAAGGAGUCACCUAAGCCUACUUAGUAGCCAAACCAUGUCCUGUUAGCAGGACACAGAAAAUCACUAAGAAUUAUUUGCUUCCGCCAGAAUAUACAACAAUUCUCAUGUAGUCUCUCCCCUAAAUCAGUGAUCAACACUAGCAUGCUUGGUCCAUGGUCUGUAGUUAUUAUUGAUUUUUUUUUUCACUGGAGUUGAAAAAACAACCUGAGAGGAAGUUUCCCAGGGGAUUAGCUCGGACUUAUGCUAAAUGUUGAAUAAUAUAAUUUUCAGACUGUACAGGCAAUUUUGACUGUUUCAAGUUUUAUGUUUGAUUUUUAAUUGUUUUACACGCUUACAUUUAUAGCACUUUUUUGCCUUAGUUUAGCCAAUACUCACGAAACGUUAAGAUAUCAAGUCUGUCAUUUAAAAGGUGGGCUACGAGUAAAGGAAUUCGGAUGUAAAUGUAUUGAAAAAAAGAACAGAGGUGUUAACCAGAAACGUGCACAAAACAAUAACAGAGAUUGGACACAAUACAGCACAAUUUCAGUGUUGUAAAUGAUUCAAAAAGUGAACUUCAGUUCUAUUUAUAAACUGGAGGGACGGUUUUUAAUUUUUACCUCGUUCGAGCCUUUGUCUCAGCGCAGACUUUCAAGAAAAUCCCACUUGCGUUUGAUCUUUCAUUUGUUCCUGGACUCGUUGAGCCCAGACUCCCAAGGUAUGGAUGUGGGUCAUGAAAACAUGAUGAUCAGGAAGGAUCAAAGUUCAAGAUAGAGAAUGGAUCAUGUCAGAACAAUAAAUCCAGUACGACCUUCAACCUAGUUUUCCAGUUUUCGAUUGAAAUACACAUUUGCUGAACUGUCUUAACCCAGAUUUAUUUUAGUUCUACAAAAUCAUUACCAACAUUUUGAGAGGAAGAAUAAAAAGUUUGAGAAAAGUAUUCUGUAUUUAAGAUAACCCAGCUUUUUAAGGAGUUAAUGCAUUUUCAUGUUGAAUUUUUUCUUUGUUCUUUAUACAGUGUGGCAUGUUAAUUUUAUAAAGACAUGGAAAAUUUGAAAUGUUGGCAGAUUUAAGCCUUGGAAAUGUCAGCUCAAUACUUGAGGAAUUCAGGGCAAAAGAGUUUCUUCACUUUGUUUAGAACACAAGCUAGAACAUACCCAAGACGAGAGAAUAUUUUCUUUAUCAAAUUGCGUGCAGAUUUGAAUUUUAAACCGUUUCCAGAGGGAUUUGUCCUCUCUUUGGACCUCCAAGAUUCCUUUUAAAACACAUGCAAGAAAUUUGUUAAUGGUACCGAGCAGACAAAAUGGAAAUAAGAUCUCUGCAGAUUGUUCAAGUUGAAUGAUACCGAUUCAUUGUUUUCAUGCAUGGAGAAUGGCGUAAAAUAAUUAUUUUCUGAAACAUUUCAUAGUGUGGCAUUUUUAAAUGUUGGCAUCAUAAUCUAGCAGGUUUAAAUUGUUUUGUGUGUUUGUAAUAAUAGGAAGGCUGAUAAGGAUAUAUAUAUGUCUUGUGUUGUAAUCGCUCAUCUCUCAUACUGUGUUAAAAUUUGUCUCUUCCUCUGUGUUAUUUUGCAGUGCUGAAGUCCAGUCCGUCACAAGUCCCUUCAAUUCCAGCACAAGUUCCCCGAUCUUAAGCGAAGUCGCAAAACAGUUAGAUAAACUGUGACGAAAGCAUUCAUUUAUCAUUCAUAAUGACUGGUCUUGUAAGAGACUUGUGGCGGACUCGAUACAGUGCUUGUGUGAGAGUGUUGUCGGUUUCAUCUGUUGUUUAUAAGUAUUUUUAGAAGCAUAUUUUUGUAAUUCUGAUUAAAAUGUCUUCGCUUUAUUCAUAAUAAAGUGAAGUCUUACGUUGCUUUAA